AACUUCGAAUAAUAAUGGGAACAUUAGUAAUCACAUCUUGCUACCUAUAAGAGAGAGAGAGAGAGAGAGAGUUCAAAGGUGAGGUACAGACAGAUGAACUACACAAGAACUUAGCAAGAGCUAUAAAAGCUUGAGGCUACGGGUCAAGGUCUUGUACGAUCUCUAAGGGAGAGAGAGUCACUUGCAAGAAGAAUAAGCUUUGGUCAUUAAUUGUUCGAGAAUAAGCUUUCUUACUUCUAAUACUAUUCACUAAAUAUUUGUCGUAUGAUUCAGCUUCUUCUUCCAAAGUUUAGGGUUGUUUUUUCUUGCACAAUUUUAGAGUUUUGAUUUGCAUAUUUUGUACCGAAAGGGAGUCUGUUAAGAGAUCCCACAUUAGAGAUGGAAGUAUUGCAUACGUGCUUAAAACAUUUUCGGCUUCUUUUAAUUUUUUCUUUUACCAAUUGUUGAUACUUGCAUUCUAAUAGAACACGUUGAGCGGAUUGUUUUGUACGAGGCCAGUAACCUGUUACAAUGAUUUUGUUUUUUCCAGGAACCUCCCUUGAGCUCUAGGUCACCAAGAAAAAGAAGAAAUUUAAUGGAGAUUUCAUCAAGAGGAGGAUUAUCUGAGCUGGGAAUGGAAGAUCCCUUCUUCAUCAACCAGUGGCAGUACAUGAACUCUUUGGAUGAGCUCGGUAUGCUCCCACUAGCAGCUGCAAUUGGAGAUAAUUUACAACACUCUCACUUCCACCCAACUUUCAACCUCAAAACUCCUAUCGAUAAUUCUCAUACUGGUAUUGAUAGACCAGCGAAGCAGCUCAAAACCGAUGGAUGGACUUCAUGCAAAACCGAUCAUCUUGUAUUGAAUCCACAAGUUGCUUCCUCACCAAACAUUCUUUCGUUCGUCAAUUCUAAUCACGGAAACCAAAUGGUGGUGCUUAAGCCUAAGGAGGAGGCAGCAGCAGUGUGUUCAAAGAGCACCAACACUCUCCCUUCUGAUAUAUUGCUUUCUCAAGGUUCAUUUGGAAACCAAAAUUGUUUAUUUAAGGCCAGUCAGGGAACAAAUAGGAACAGCACAAACCCUCGUCUUUCAGCAACUCAAGAUCAUAUUAUCGCAGAAAGGAAGCGCAGAGAGAAGCUCAGCCAGCGGUUCGUAGCUUUAUCUGCACUCAUUCCUGGCCUAAAGAAGAUGGACAAGGCUUCUGUUCUGGGAGAUUCAAUCAAGUACAUCAAACAACUGCAGGACAAGGUAAAGACACUUGAGGAACAUACGAGAAACAAAAACAUGGAAUCGGUCGUGUUUGUGAAGAAAACACAGCUCUUUGCCAAUGGCGACAAAACUUCCUCAAACGAAAACAACUCCACGGGCCCGUUUGACGCAACACUACCUGAAAUCGAAGCAAGGUUCUGUGACAACAAUGUCUUGAUAAGAAUCCACUGUGAGAAAAGGAAAGGAGUUGUGGAGAAAACAAUAUCGGAGGUUGAGAAGCUCCAAUUAAAAUUCAUCAAUAGUAGUGUCAUGACAUUUGGGAGCUGUGCUCUUGAUGUUACCAUUAUUGCUCAGAUGGAAGCGGAGUUCAGUCUCUCGGUGCAGGAUCUCGUCAAGAAUCUACGCACAGCUUUCAAUCUGUUCAUGUGAACAGAAUCUACGUGCGGCUUUCGAUAUGUUCUUUGCUGCAGAAGCUUCAGAAUAAAUAGGAGUAUUUCCUCAAAUAUGCAACCAGACCAAGUUUAAGUACCCUUUUUAAGAAUUUAUGUUUACAAGGCCUGCAAUCCUUCACCAAGUUACCUUCAAGCUUGUUUGCUGUCAGAUUAUUUUGCAGGAGGGUUUUUUCACAUCACCUUUUUUGCAUGGUUAACUUGUUUACCAUGCUUAUUUACCCAACUGUUGAAGCAGGUUAUCUCACAGCUUGUCUACGAGCUUUUUUUUUUUUCCUUCAAGGAGUUUGCGAAAUGCAACUCAUCCCUUUGUGUCCCCUAGGGUUUUUUUUAUAGGUGAGGAUAAAAGCAGACAUUUGUUUGGUCAGUGUUUUAGAGGCAUCUUGAAUAUCUGAUUUCGUAAGCCUCUUUUCGUAGUAAUCUCCUUUUUAUAUGUAACCCUUUGGUUGACAAUGUCAUGGAAAAUAAGUAAUUUUGUGUUAUUUUA